GUAAACAAUUAACAGAACUUGAAAGAACUUGUGGAGUGAAAGAUUAUUCAGCUAAACAAGCAAAAUAUAAUUCAUUUAUUCAAAGAAGAAGUCAAAGAGCCAAUCUUCAAACACCUGUACAAACAUCAUAUAGACAAAAUACUUUACUUAGAUAG